AUGGAUUUUGAGAAAACGUGGUUUCGAAAUCCGGAAUAUGUACGAUCCGUUGAUAAAUCCGAGAAGCUGCCGAAAGAAGGUGAAAAAAACGUCUUGAUAACAUCUGCCUUACCUUAUGUUAAUAAUGUGCCGCAUUUGGGCAAUAUCAUUGGAUGUGCUUUGAGUGCUGAUGCUUUUUCAAGAUACUGUUACCUGAAAGGCUGGCGCCGUUUAUUCAUUUCUGGUACGGAUGAAUACGGUACAGCUACAGAAACAAAAGCAUUACAGGAAGGUUUAACACCACGCCAAAUAUGUGAUAAGUAUCAUGCGAUACACACAAAGAUCUAUAAGUGGUUCAAUAUAGAUUUUGACUAUUUUGGUCGGACAACUACGGAACAUCAGACAGAACUUACACAAGAAAUUUUUCUCAAACUUCAUAAAAAUGGUUUCACUUCAACUGAUAUCGUUAAUCAAUUGCAUUGUGAUAAUUGUAAAAGGUUUUUGGCAGAUCGUUUUGUAUAUGGCGAAUGUCCGUACUGUCAUUUUGAUGAUGCACGUGGAGAUCAGUGUGAUGGCUGUGGGAAAUUAAUAAAUGCCGUUGAGUUAAUAAAUCCUCGAUGUCACUUAUGCAAGGCAACGCCUGCUGUGAAACCAUCAAAUCACAUUUUUCUUUGUUUAAAUAAAUUAGCAGGUGAAGUAGAAAAGCAUUUAAAUAAGCAGCUUAAUUCGGGGAAAAAUCAAUGGUCAGCAAAUGCUAUAUCAAUUGCGAAAAGUUGGCUGAAAGGUGGUUUGGAAAGGCGCUGUAUAACUCGAGAUUUGAAGUGGGGUGUACCCGUCCCACUCGAUAAUUUCGCCAACAAGGUAUUUUAUGUUUGGUUUGAUGCUCCAAUCGGUUAUUUAUCAAUUACUAAAGAAUACUUAGGAAAAGGCUGGUCACAGUGGUGGAAAAACCCAAAUAUUGUCGAUCUUUAUAAUUUUAUUGGGAAAGUGAGUUUUAAAGAUUCACAUUUUGGUUUGAUAAAAGGAUAG